AUCAGACUGAUGUGUUUUAAAGCCGAAAGAAUCAUAUGAAGGUCGGCGGAGGCUUUUAGAGGCUGUGGCAGUAAACAUCCAGGAGUUUAUCUGCAUUUCCAGCUGAGGUUUGACCACUCUACUGUGAUUUAAAGUCUACUUGAUACUGGAGACAAACUUGAAACAUCAACAAUAAUCAUGAGCGCCCACGAGUCAGAGCUGCACACCAUCUCUCCGGAGCUGCCGGCCAUGUUUGACGGCGUGAAGCUGGCGGCGGUAGCCACCGUGCUCUACGUCAUUGUCCGCUGCCUGAACCUGAAGAGCCCCACAGCGCCGCCGGACCUCGCUUAUCAGGACACCCCGCUCACCCUUUUCCUGCUCAAGUCCUGCUCUCAGCUGACCAAAGAGUACGUUCCUCCACUGCUGUGGGGUAAGAGCGGCCAUCUCCAGACGGCUCUGUAUGGUAAACUGGGUCGGGUCAGCUCGCCCCAUCCGAGUGGGAUCAGGAAGUAUUUACCCAUGCAGGACGGGGCCACAGCGACCUUUGACCUCUUUGAGCCUCUGGGGGACCACCAGACUGGAGACGACAUCACCAUGGUGAUCUGUCCUGGGAUCGGAAACCACAGUGAGAAGCACUACAUCCGGACCUUUGUGGACCACGCUCAGAAGCAGGGGUACAGAUGUUCUGUGCUGAACCACCUGGGUGCUCUGCCCAACAUCGAGCUCACGUCUCCACGCAUGUUCACCUACGGGUGCACGUGGGAGUUUGCAGCCAUGGUCGGGUACAUCAGGCGCGCGUACCCUCAGACCCGGCUGGUCGUGGUGGGCUUCAGUCUGGGCGGGAACAUCGUCUGCAAGUAUCUGGGUGAGAACAAAGCCAACCAGGAGCGAGUGCUGUGCUGUGUGAGCGUCUGCCAGGGCUACAGCGCUCUCAGGGCUCAAGAAACGUUUCUUCAGUGGGAUCAGUUCCGACGCUUCUACAACUUCCUCAUGGCCGACAACAUGAAGAAGAUCAUCUUCUCUCACAGACACAGUUUGUUUGGAGGAAGCUCGGUGAAAACCAUCGAUGCAGAUCUCAGCCGACUCUUCACAGCGACGUCUCUCAUGCAGAUUGACGACAACAUCAUGAGAAAAUUUCACGGCCACAGCUCCCUCAAAGAGUACUACGAGAAGGAGAGCUGUGUUCAUUACAUUCACAACGUAAAUGUGCCGCUGCUGCUGGUGAACUCUGCAGAUGAUCCUCUGGUUCACGACUCGCUGCUCGCCAUCCCGCGCACGCUGGCAGAAAAGAAGCCCAACGUGAUUUUUGCCCUGACGCUUCACGGAGGUCACCUGGGCUUCUUCGAGGGCGCCGUGCUCCUCCCCCAGCCCCUCACCUGGAUGGAUAAAGUCAUCGUGGGUUACGCUAACGCCAUGUGCCAGUGGGAAAAACAGAAACCGCCGUGCCAAGGUAGUCACCUCAGCGAGGGCGCCUGCUUGGAGCAGAAAGCCUAAAGCUUCACCUGACACCUUCUAGAACCACCAGGAGACCGCUCCUCUGGUGCUGCUCACCUCCACGACCCAAAACC